GUCUCCAUUUCGUUGUCCUAGUGCCACGUACAGAAAAAGUCCCCGAAGAAGAAGAGGACGGCGAAGUUGCUGCUGCUGCUGCUGAGGGAAGCCGACACCGCGACAGCAGAUUUUAUCGACCUUUUCGGAGACUCCUUCUCAGAGGCCUGGGGCUCCCCCGCACGACCGGCCUCGCGGAAUGGGAAACCUGCUGUUCACCACCGGGUAAAAAGAUGAUGUCUGAGCUGUCAUGUAGCGGGGUGUGUUGGUGGGUGUAACGUGUCCCAGGGAACUUGAAUUAACACGAAAAAAGGUUGUGUGAUGCUGUGCGUCAUCCCCCAGAGAGCCGGCAACGGUGUGGUUUGACGGUAAUCACAAUUUAAAGGGACACUCGUUUUUUUUUUCCUGCCGCAACAUGCUUGUUAUUAUGGUCUUGAAUUUUUCCAUAAGCGAGAAUUAUUUAUUUAUUUAAAAAAAUCUUUGUCUUGAAGGUAUGGUAAUUGAAUAUUCCUGUUACAUCGUUGUUACUGAGGAAAAUCAUAAUUUUAUAGGGUCCCUAUUUGAUUUCACAAAAAAUAGAUUUCAUAGGACAUAUCUGUCUUUAAUUCAAUGUAGGGGAGAGUGGGGUAAGUUGAGCCACCCCAUGUUGCUUGGAAAUGUUAAAAGAAAUUGAUCAUAUGACCGCAUAUUUAGAAAAUGGGCAUCAAUUCAUGGAGUCAGUGAAGGUUAGAAAGCACAUGGGUGAAGGAGUUAGACAUUUAUUAAAAAAAAAAAAAAACAUUUUUCACUCUUGAAAGUGAAUUUAGUCUGUCAUGAGUUUUAGUAGAACUGUCUUCAGACCAAAAAAAUAUAAUUUUAAAUUUGUUCUAUACAUCGAUUGUGGUAUCUAUGAGCUAAAACAUGAGGUCAAAAACCUAGCAUAAAAGUCCACCAUUUUAGCUUAGAGGACUAAUAAAGUGAUAACAGUAGUUCUGGGGUAAGUUGAGCAAGUGACUCAACUGAGAAAGUAAAGGAGUCUGACGAGAGGAUCAGAGUUUCAGUUUAGGUUGUUGAAAUGUGUUACUUUUUCUUUUUUAAAAUGCAAUAAUAAUAAAAAUCAUUAUUGUACCAGUUAAAUAGUGUAUAAUAGAUAAAAAUACACAUGAAUAUGAAGAAUACGGCUCAACUUACCCUGCUCCUAUGGUCAACUUACCCCAUACACGGGGUAAGUUGACCAUAGGAGACCACUUUUUUUUAGCUAUAUUACCAAGACAGUUAUGUUUACACUCAUUCUGUUGGUUUGCAGGGAUGCACAACAUCUUGAAAUAUAUGCAGAUACACUAGUUGGAGACAAAACUGUGAUCGCCUUGAUGUAGUGAUCUGAAAUAUGAAAAAUGGCUCAUCUUACCCCACCCUACCCCACUGAUACUGUGAAAUCUAAAAAUACCUGCAACACCAAAGCCAUUUUGGCUCUAAGAGGAAGUGUCAUGAAUUCCUUGGUUAUCAUCACUGUCCAUGUUAAUCCUCUGUAAGAUCAUGAGAAUGACGACUUGUUUUAUCUGACAUUUGUUUUUUCUUUUGUUCCAGCAUCUUCAGGCCUGAUUUGACCACAUCAGUAAAUGACAUAAAUGGAGGGAUGUUUGCAACUCGCAGAAUCAGAAGCCGCAUAACUUAUUACUAUGCUGCCUCUUCAGGGGGAGAAGUUAAGAGAUGCCCUAACAAAGACUCUCAUACCUCCCCUGUCCUUUCCCCCACCUCACCCCUCAGCAUGUCCCCCCACCAAGAGCCAUCGUCCUCUCCGCUGCUCUCAGAUUCACCUUCACACACACCUGUUUCCUCCCAUGACCGAUCAGAAUCUGCGGCCUCUCCCCGUCCCCUUCUUCUGUUCUUCUCCUGGCUCGGUGCCCAGCCGGGGGCUGUGGCCAAAUACAGGGACCUCUACCUGCAGCGAGGCAUGGAUGUCCUCCUGGUCCAGAGCAGUGUCAUGCACUUCCUGUGGCCUCGAUGGGGGCUUGAAUAUGGGUCAGAAGUUUUAAAGGUGUUAGAGGAGCCUCAGUUCUUAGACAGGCCGGUGCUGGUCCACUCGGCCUCUAUCGGUGGCUACACUUUCACCCAGAUACUUACCCACAUCUCCCAGGAACCGGAAAAACAUGCAGGCCUGGCCCAGAGGGUGAUAGGACACAUCUAUGACAGCUUGGUGGUUGGGACUCUUGAGCACAUGGCAGUAGGUGAGUGACAGUGAUCCAGCUCGAGUUACUUUUGUAUCUGUGUGUGUCAGAGCUUUAAAUAAUUCAUCAGCCAGCUGACCCACCGCCCCAGUUUGUCCAGAGUCCAGAGAUUGUUUGUUGCAGCUUGCUUUUAAUCAGUACCGUACUUCUCAUUUCAUUAUUAAGUAUUUGUUUUAUCUCUUUUAUGUUUUUUGAAUAACUUUUUAUGCACAUUAUGUUCCAAAAUAGCUAGAAAUGCCCAUACCAGUUUCUGAUGUCAGUGUUUCCAAUUGCAGAUGUUGUUAGAUUGAAACAUGUCAGAAAAUUCAACCUUUUCAGUAUAUUUGAGUAAAAGGAAAAAAGCACCCGAUCAAAAGCACCAACCAGUACACUGGCAUUUUUCCUAAUGAAUGACUGCAAUAAGUAUUCAAGAAAUGUAAUUUUCUAGCAUUUACAUAAUUUAAUCUAAACGUUACUUUCCUUCUUGACAUUAAUGUUGGAAAACUUUUCAAAAUUAUUCAACUCAAAUUGAUGUCCACACAAAUUUUGUGUAAGUCACAAAUUCAGAGAUGUCAAAUAUUGUGUCACAUAAAAGAAUCUGGAGAAUGUGGAGCUAUGAAAAUCUUUGUUAGAAUAUUAAUCAAGGAUAUAUCCAUUUUAUAAUAACUCUAUUUUUCACGUAGCUGCCAAUUAUGCUUUCUAUUUAAAAUGACUUAAAGUGAUUGUUGCAGAUCUGUGAUCAACCUUUUGAUUUACUGUUAAACACAGCAGCAUUUCAACAUAUUUUUCUCAGUAAUACUUUUCUUCUUCUAUGGUUACUUCAUAUAAUGAUUAUCAUGUUGAAAGCUAAUUUUGCAUGAUUCUACUUCUGAUUUUAAUUUGAAAGAAAAAAGAUCUAAAGUGCUGAAUAAAUAAAAAUGGGGCUCUCUGUGGAUUUAGUCAAAGCAUCACUUAUUAAAUUCACGGCUGUCAGAUAGUUUGUAUAUCCUGCAUUUUAAAAUGGGAACAAUAGUUCCAAAGUUGAAACAGUUCUCUCAAAAACACUGAAAAUGGAAAAAAGGACAGUCUAAAUAUGUGAACUUUUCAACCAAGAAGUAUUAGGUAAGAGUAGCAGACUCAAAGUCAUUAAAUCUUAUUCAGCAGAUAGUUCAGACUGUUUGUAUGAGACAAGAUGCGGAAAAAAAAAUGCCGCACUAUCGCAGGACGGGAAAACGUCGCUUAUGUGAAGGCUUGUAUUGACAGGAUACGGGUUCGAAAAAAAAUAUUGACGUCCAAAAUAAUCGCACGAAAAAAAAUGCUCCCGGUGUGAAAGGAGCUUAAAUGUUCAAUUGACUCGUGCCACAAAGAGGCACAGGCUUGGAUUGAUGUCGCUUGUCUAGACAUGUCUAAUUAUCUCUCAGAGAGCUGCAAACAGCUGCUCCUUUUUUGUAUAUCAUCCGCUUUAUGAAGUGUGGCAACAAGUGUAAAAGAUCACUCCUUCUGGUGUGAUAUCUCUUGAUUUACUCCAUGUUUUGUCGUCAUUCAGGUCUUGGCAAAACUUUGGUGCCACGUUUAGAGCGCCUCAUCAAAAAUGCCGCCAUGCUCUACUUCUGGCUCUUCAAAAGCCACACAGCAGACUUCUACCACAGCAGCAUCAAAGUUUUCCACAACAGCCCGAUUACCGCACCGGCCCUCUUCUUCUUCAGUGAGAAUGACGCCCUAUGCAACCCGGUCGCCAUGGAAAACUGUAUCAACCUCUGGAGGAAGAGGGGUGUGACUGUGGAGAGCAAGAAGUGGAAGGAGUCCGUACAUGCAGCCCAUAUGCGAUGUCACCCUGAAGACUACUUAUCUACGCUACAAAAAUACUUGAAUUCACUGAAAACUUUGUCCAUCAAAGCAAAAAUGUAAAUUUUUAAAGGCGUGAAAGCCAAGUUGCACUGAAUUGUUAACUUAUAUGUUCGUUUUGAAGAGAAAAACAUUGAUUAUUUAAACCCACAACUUUUGAAUUUAGAACAAUGUAAUUUAACUCAGACUUUCUCUCCUUUUAUGCAUUAUUUAUUUGCCUUGUUUUGAUUGUAACCAACAUUAUGGUUUAAGUUAAGUUAAAUUUAUUUAUUCAAUUACUGCGGAAGUACUAUCCUGUGAUGCUUGUUUUGCACAGGAAAUGUUAGUAAGUGUUUUGCACGAGAUACUAGAACUCUCUAGUAAAACAGAGGCUUCUGAAAAAUAAAAUUUUAAGACCUCCAAUGAUAAUUCCAAAACGUCUUUUCUCUUUGUUUGAGAAGUUAUGCACAAAUGUAUUGAGGGUGAACAGGUGAGGAAGAAAGCUGUUUCAGUAUGCAUAAAAUAGGGAACCAAAUUGAGCAGGAAGUAAACAUGGCAGACAGAGAAACAUGUGAGUGGGGCAAAACGGGGAAAGUAUUUUUUUUCCACAAACAUGGGGAAAUUAUUCCCCCGUGUUUGUGAAAAAAACGAAGCAGCCCCCAGGAACCGUCUUGUGUGCAAACUGUUUAUUAUUUUAGGGUGUUUAGUGUUGUUACAAAAUGGCACCAUCUGCUGGCAUAUUUGUUAGUUUCACCCUUAAGCAACAGAGGUGAAACUCCAAACUAAGCCCAGUAUAAAAUGGGAACUAUUGUAUAAAACAAUAAUGAAAAAUAUUUUUAAGUAUGACUAAUAAUCUCUUACCAAAAAGUGAAAAUAAUUAAGGUGUGUUUAAAGACUCCAAUUUUUCUACUUGGAGCAUCUAGAAAGACUAAAUGUGUAUUAUUGAAACCAUAAACUCGGUUUUAGCCGUUGGUCUGCUUUUUAAAAAAUAUUAGCAACACCAAAAUGCCAUCUAUACUUAUAAUGUCAUUGUAUUUCAACUUGGUAUAAAAUAAGAUUUGUUUCUAUCCACACACCCAGUAUUGAGGUUGUAUUAAAGAUGUGGCCCAUAGCAGAA